UCCUAAACCCUAGAGGCUCCCCGCCCCAUCACCGUCCCCGAACCCAGUAACCCACAGCCAUCCAGGUACUCGCCCCACCCUUCGCCGGCGAUGAACCGGCGGCAGGAGCUCUGCAGGAACUUCCAGCGCGGCAGCUGCAAGUAUGGGGCGCAGUGCAGGUACCUGCACGCCACCUCCAACCAGCAGCAGCAACAGCAGCAGCAGGCGAAGCCCAACCCCUUUGGAUUCGGUGCCGCCAGCAGGCCGCAGCAGCAGCCGUUCGGUGCGCAGUCCCAACAGUUUCAGCAGCAGCAGCAGCAGCAGCCUAACCGGUUUGGGUUCGGGGUGCAAGGCGGCGGUGCUUCCCAGCCACGGAACGCUGCUGGCCCGGCAAUGCCCUUUCAGAACAAGUGGGUGAGGGAUCCCUCGGCAACGACCAAGCAGCCGGAGGCGCAGCCAGCGGCGCAGGCAGCCCACACAUCCUGUACAGACCCCGCGUCCUGCAGGCAGCAGAUAGCGGACGAUUUUAAGAACGAGGCUCCGCUCUGGAAGCUUACUUGUUAUGCUCAUCUCAGAAGUGGUCCUUGUGACAUCACGGGGGAUGUUAGCUACGAGGAGCUGAGAGCUAAGGCAUACGAACAGGGCAAGCAAGGGCAUCCUCUGCAGUCAAUAGUUGAGGGAGAAAGAAAUCUCCAAAAUGCAAAGUUAGCGGAGUUCAAUACUUUGCUGAGCAGUACACGUGCAUCACAAACUCCAAGCUUUCCAACUGUCGGCUCCUUUCCUGAAGUGAAAAAUAACGCAUCAUUUGGGGGUUCUCAAACUAAUGGACCCCCCGUGUUUACUAGUUUCAAUCAAAUUGGAGCUGCAACUAAUUUAGGGUCUGGGGCAAGAACUACCACACCAGGAGUGCCAACAAAUACCAUUUUUGGUCAGCCUACCCUGCCUGCGUUUGGCCAGCCUACCCAGCCUGCGUUUGGUCAGCCUACUCAGCCUGCUUUUGGUCAGCCUACCCAGCCUGCUUUUGGUCAGGCUACCCAACCUACUUUCGGUCAGUCUACCAGACCUACUUUUGGUCAGUCUACGACGUCUACACCAUCCUUUGCUGCCCCUACUUUUGGCAAUGCUGGAAUGAAAUUUGGAGUUCAAGAUGCAUCUGGAAACCAGAUGCCAAGGCAAACAUUUGGGAGCAUGUCCAGUAACAGCAAUUUUCCAAACUCUACCUCUUCUUCCAAUAACAGAGACAUUGAUAGGCAAUCGCAAGAGUUACUUAGUGGGAUGACAGCUCGUACAAGUGCAGUGGAGGCACCUGUUGAAGACAAGAAAAAUGAAAAUCAGGAUGAUAGUAUUUGGCUGAAGGAAAAAUGGACAAUUGGACAGAUACCGAUGGACGAACCGCCACAGAGGCAUGUUAGCCAUGUGUUUUGAGAACUCAAGGAAUUUUUGGGUAGUUGGGUGGAAGACGCAGUCAGUUGUCUUUACUGGUCUCUUCUGUUUAGUCGAGAUUACAUCAUCAAUUGUUCAUAGUUUUUCUCUUCUGAGCUCCCUGAUGACAUGGUGAAAGAGGCCUGCUUCAUCCAAUUCUUGUAUGCCAUUUGUCACAGCGUAUUCACUCUGCAACUUUUGCAGCUCCAUGAUGAUAGGAGGAAAGAAGCUGGAGGAUGUUAGCUGUAAAUGAAAGCUGGAUGCAGUGUUUGCCUAGAAGGAAAAAACUAGGGCUCGAAAAAAACUAAUUGAGCAGUCAAAGUAAACCGGAAUUGCCACACUGUUACGUCAUAUAUUGGCUACUAUAAGUGCUUUUUGAAAUGAUA